AUGGUCGCUUUAAUUUCCAAGAAGAGAAAGUUAGUCGCUGACGGUGUUUUCUACGCCGAAUUAAACGAAUUCUUCACCAGAGAAUUAGCUGAAGAAGGUUACUCCGGUGUCGAAGUUAGAGUUACUCCAACCAAGACUGAAGUCAUCAUCAGAGCUACCAGAACUCAAGAUGUCUUAGGUGAAAACGGUAGAAGAAUCAACGAAUUGACCUUAUUAGUUCAAAAGAGAUUCAAGUACGCCCCAGGUACCAUCGUCUUAUACGCCGAAAGAGUUCAAGACCGUGGUUUAUCUGCUAUUGCUCAAGCUGAAUCCAUGAAAUUCAAAUUAUUAAACGGUUUAGCCAUCAGAAGAGCCGCUUACGGUGUCGUCAGAUUCGUUAUGGAAUCCGGUGCUAAGGGUUGUGAAGUUGUCGUCUCUGGUAAAUUAAGAGCUGCUAGAGCUAAGUCUAUGAAGUUCGCUGACGGUUUCUUAAUUCACUCCGGUCAACCAGUCAACGACUUCAUUGACAUUGCCACCAGACACGUCCUAAUGAGACAAGGUGUUUUAGGUAUCAAGGUUAAGAUCAUGAGAGACCCAUCCAGGAACAAGGUCGGUCCAACCGCUUUACCAGAUGCUGUCUCUAUCGUUGAACCAAAGGAUGAAGAAAGAGUUACUCAACCAACCGUCAAGGAUUACAGACCAGCUGAAGAAGAAUCCGCCCCAGCUGCUGAAGAAGCUACCGCUUAA